AUGGCGACAAUGACGAUACCUCCGCGUACGCCGUCACCAAAAGUGCAUAUCCGAUCUCAAUCCUUCGACUCGCCAUCUUCUCGCAUCAGCAUCACGGCCCUUGAGGAGACGCCGUUUUCGAAAUCCACGGGAUCGCUUGCCAUGAAAUCUUUGCCUGGCGAAGCAGCGGUCAUUGAACGGGAGACCAUUCAAUCUACCAGCGUGCUGGUACCACUGCAUACCAAGAUGAGCGCCGAAUCGAUUCUUUUCGAUGACUUGAGCGCGGCUUCGUCAUCCCCGUCUUCCGUCGCCGGUUCACCCACACACUCGGCGCCAGAGUCGGAAUCAAACAUGGGACUCUGCACAGAUGUCUCUCCCUCGCCCUCCCCUGAACCCUCGCCCUCGCUACCAGUCGAACCCAAACGCAAACGUGAACGCAGACGUGAACGCGAACGCGAACGCGAACGACCCCACCCCCUAACCUUUGCCCAACCAUCCCACUACCACUACCACUACAACAACAACCCCGUCCAACCCCAUCAUCAUAAACAACAUCAUAAACAACAAACCCCCCACCACGCCGCCUCCUCAGUCUUCCUCUACCAAGACCCCCGCUACCCAAUGUACUCGCCCUUUCUCGUCAAAGUCGUCCUCGAUCUCUGGGACUUGAGGGGCUUGGACUGGAUGUCGAUUGCGGAGCCGGUACAGCGGAUUUGGGGCAUUAGGACGUGUGCGGCUGAGGUUUUGGCGAUUUUGUGUUUGAAUGGGAGGGUGGGGGCGAGGCGGUGGUGGGAUUGA